ACCCUCCACACCUAGGUUACCAUUGCCUAUAUAUUUAUAAGAGCCUGGUACUCUAAGAUACAUUACAGCUCUCAUAUCUCUCGUAGAGAUGAAGAUGAAUGGAAUUCAAGCCUCCCUCCUGGGGCUCCUGGUUUGUGUUGUUGCCCUGAGAACAUCAUCAGCUCAGAUUGUGAAGCCGGGAGUGUGUCCUCCAGAGAGAUUCUUUACUUCAAUAUAUCAUACAAAAACUAGAGACUGUGAAAAUGACAAUAAUUGCCUAGGAAACAAAAAAUGCUGCAAAGAUAAUGGAUACACAAUCUGUAAACCACCUGCUCAAGAGAGGGGUGGCACAUGCCCUGAAAACCCCAAUAAAACCACUAAGCGCUGUAAUGAUAUGUGCACCUCUGACAGCGAGUGCGCUCCUGGAAUUAAAUGUUGCUUUAAGGGCUGUGGAAAGACCUGUCUGCCCUCUGUUGGAGAGAAAAAAGGUUCCUGCGGAAUAAGGCCAUCUUGUUUAAUUGCGGAACGCCCAUAUUGUAAUGGUGACUCUGGAUGCCAGGGUGAUGAAAAGUGUUGCCAACCAGUAUGUACAGUAAAAUGCAUGAAGCCGCUGUAAGAUUAAGGCCAGGACAAUGGACCAAGGACAUAUACAUCCUAUUACACCAAGACAUACAAUGCUUCUUCUUUUUGCUUUCAUCCAUCUGUUAAUAUGGACUUCAUAAGUAUCAUUAUAAAGGGGUUGUCUGAUUUAGAAUACCCAAUGCUUGUUUCUGCCCAUAGUUAUAUAUUGUCUAUUAUCAACUUUACUAUUGGCCCUCAAGAUACGUACAAUGAGAGUUAUUGCAAAUUUUACUUGUCUGUCUUGUUAGUAAAUUUGCAAUAAAGGAAAAU